AUGGACGUCAAGGAAGAACCGCCUUCCGCGGAGCGCCGCGAACAGGCCCAGCCCUGCGAUGCGACGCGGAAGACGCGGAAGACGGGCCCCAAACGCAAGAAGGCGGGCUGCGGCGACGAUGGCGACGGCCAGGCCAAGAGGAAAAGGGCGAAGGCGGCGGCCGAGCCGGUGGAAAAGAGGCUGAGCAGCGUUGGGAAAACCGUCCCGUGGCGCCCACACCCGAACGAGAAGACACGACAGCGCAUCUUGAGGGCAUUGCCAGGUUCUGCCCAUCGGAUGUUCCUGCUUGAGCACAAGGUAGUGACUCCUAUCGGUUCGCCCGGAGGAGGGGUUGAAGAAUUCGUUGUGUUGGGUGCAACGGCAAACGGUGAGAUGAACAACCAUCGUCUGUAUUUUCUUCCCCAUGUGUCAUACAGCCGAAGAGUUGUCCAUGACAUAUCAUAUCAACAUGGGGUGGAGCAUAGCUGA